AUGGUUCGAUUUGGUCCCACUUUUGUAGCAGGCUUAGCUGGCCUUGCUAGUAUUGCAGCUGCCCACCCCGGCCAUGAUGUUAAGGCUGAGGCCGCAGAGCGUGCUGCCUUCCUCAAGCGUGCUCCCCUUCACAGUCGCGGCCUUAGUCAUUGCACGGAGAAAUUGCAUGCUCGCGGACAUGAGGCCAGCAACGUCGCCCGUCGUGAGCUUACCGUUGAGAAGUUACGUCAUCGCAGAGGCUUGCGUCCCCGCGCCCUAUACCCUAGAGCGAGGGACUUCGACGCGACUAUCCCUAUACCCACCUCCCACCACUCCUCCCUGGAUGUUGACCAGACUGUCGACCCUGCAGUCCUAUUCGGGUCCAACGCAACUUGCAUCCUUGGACCUGAUACUACAGAGGGUCCAUAUUAUGUCUCCGGCGAGCUGAUCCGCAAGGAUGUCUCAGAGGAGCAGGCAGGUGUUCCCCUCUAUCUGGACUUCCAGAUUAUCGACACCAGCACCUGUGAUCCGCUCCCGAACAUCUAUCUGGACAUCUGGCACUGCAACGCAACUGGUGUCUACUCUGGCGUACUCGCCCGUGGAAACGGCGACAGCAACGAUGUCUCCCUCCUGGACGCUACCUUCCUGCGUGGUAUCCAGAAGACUGACAAAACCGGUGUCGUGCAAUUUGAGUCCAUUUUCCCUGGCCACUACACCGGUCGUACCCAUCAUAUCCACGUCCUCUCCCACCCCGGCAACAGCACCACGGUUAACCCGAACGGCACAAUCUCCGGCUUGUUCAACCCACAUGCCUCCUACGUCGGCCAGACCUUCUUCGACCAGGACCUGAUCUACAAAGUUGAGGCACUCGAUACCUACGCUGCCAACAAGCAGCCUCUGACCACAAACGAUGAGGACGGCAUUCUCGCUGGGGAAGCCAAGGUCAUUGAUCCUUUCAUGCAAUACGUGUAUCUUGGUGACCGUAUCGAAGAUGGUCUUUUUGCUUGGAUCUCCCUGGGUAUUGAUGCCUCUAGGGAGAGCAACGUCCGGGCUGGUGCUUACUACACCGAGAACGGUGGUGUUGAGGACAACUUACCUGGCGGCGGCCCUCCCCCUGCCUAG